CGCGCAGCCAGUCCUCGCGCUCCUUCAAACUUUACGCACGGAUGUUCUCCACUGGAAGUUGUGCAAACCCGGUUUUCAUGUGUUGCAGCCGAGUCGUGGUGUCUCAAAAAACUUUUUUAUCCACUUAGACCCGUUUCAGACUCGUUUAAAUUGCAUCUGCAUGAUUUAUUUUUAUUUUUCUCUUUGUUACUUUAUUUUUCUAUGUGAUUGUUUUAAAUCCGGUGGACAAAUGCUGUAAAUAGUGGAGGAAUGAAAAUGUGCGGUGCCUUAAUGAAGUGGGUAGUGUGGGCGCUCCUUGUCAGUGCGCACAGACUCCUGGCAGACUCUUUGUUGGACCCCCGGUUAGAGGAGGUGGAUGAAUCCAGUGGCAGCGCUUCAACGCUGGCCUUUGUGUUCGAUGUUACCGGCUCCAUGUACGACGAUCUGAAACAGGUGAUUGAGGGGGCCUCGCGGAUCCUGGAGAAGACUCUCAGCCGGAGAACCAGACCUAUUAGAAACUUUGUCCUGGUGCCCUUCCACGACCCAGAUAUUGGCCCUGUUUCCAUCACCACCGACCCCAAGAAGUUCCAGCAGGAUCUGCAGGAAUUGUUUGUCCAGGGUGGGGGUGACUGCCCUGAGAUGAGUAUAGGAGCUAUAAAGAAGGCUUUAGAGGUUUCGCUGCCUGGAUCCUUCAUCUACGUCUUCACUGAUGCCCGUGCCAAAGACUACCGGCUGAAAAGAGACGUUCUGCGCCUGGUGCAGCUCCGUCAAUCACAGGUUGUGUUUGUGUUGACUGGAGAUUGCGGAGACCGCUCCCAGCCUGGUUACAGGGCGUAUGAGGAGAUCGCAGCCACCUCCUCCGGACAAAUCUUUCAUUUGGACAAGCAGCAGGUGAACGAGGUUUUAAAGUGGGUAGAAGAGACGGUUCAGGCAAUGAAAGUCCACCUGCUGUCCUCCAACCACGACAGUGCCCAGGAAAACAAGUGGGAAGUGCCCUUUGACCCCAGCCUCAGGGAGGUCACCGUCUCACUCAGCGGACCGGCGCCACAAAUCGAGCUCAGCGACCCCUUCGGUCGGGUCAUUGGUGCUGAGCAGGGCCUUCAGGAACUGCUGAAUAUUCCCAACUCCGCUCGGGUUGUCAACCUAAAGUUUCCGAGACCUGGAUCCUGGAAACUUAAGGUGAGCUGCAGUGGGCGCCAUACUCUGAGGGUUACAGGGGUCAGCAGUCUGGACUUCCGGGCUGGCUUUUCCACUUUACCUGUUUUAGAGUUCAGCCAGACCAGAGAAAGACCAAUUAAAGGACUUCCAACCCAUGUCAUGCUGAAAUGUACCGGCCUGAAGCCCCCAGGUUAUCUGAGUCAGGUGGAGCUCAUGUCAGCCUCCGGACGGUCUUUACGCACCAUCCCUGUACCUCUGCCCACUGACCUUGGCCAACAAGGGCUUUGGACUCUCCCUGAGUUCCGCACGCCACCACAAAGCUUCUUCAUCAAGGUUACAGGCAAUGAUGAGACGGGCUUCCUCUUCCAGAGGUUAUCAAGUGUUUCCUACACUAACAUCAUUCCAGAUCCCCCAGCGGUGAGAAUGCCUAAUGUGGUGAGGGGCUUUUACAUGCAGCCUGCUGCCAUUGGCUGCUCGGUGCAAAGUGACAUUCCUUACAAGCUAAGAUUCACCAGAAACGGGAUGAUUCUAGGAGAGGAGAAGCAUUUUCAGAAUUCUGGCGUAGCAUCUUGGGAGAUUGCACAUGCAUCCGGUGAGGAUGAGGGCACGUAUGAGUGCAUGGCGCAGAGCAGUGCAGGACAGGGACAGGCUUUAACCCGGCUUACUGUUCAAGAGCCUCCUCCGGUUUUGAAGCCUGCUGUUAACGUGAGCACCUCUGUGGGAGGCGUAGCUGUGCUGUCCUGUGAGGUGGACGGCCACAUGCGUCAUAACCUGACCUGGUAUCGAGCCGGACGCGCGAUCCGCGCCCGAUCGGGGAGGGUGAUGCUGCUGGGUGACUCCUCGCUGCAGAUCAGCACAGUUCAGGUUCAGGAUGCUGGAGCGUAUCAGUGCGUGGCCACCAACGCCCAGGGAGACAGCAGGAUCACAGUGUGGCUCCUAGUCCCAGAGGCUCCUUCUGUAGAAGUUCGCCCUCAGACCCAAAGUUUCUCCCGAGGGGAUGAGAUCCGCUUCGUCUGCUCGGCGUCCGGCUCCCCCCCCCCUCAGAUCUUCUGGAGCCGUGGAAACAUGUUCCUAAGCAAUCAGCCGAGGUUUAGAGUAAAUAAGGAUGGACUUUUGACUAUUCGUGGAGCAGUUCCAGAGGACGCUGGGGACUACAUCUGUCGGGCGACCAAUGAGGCUGGGAGUGCCUCUCAGACGGCGUCACUAACGUAUGCAGAGGUGCCCAGAAUAGCAGUUAGACAGCAGGUUGUGUUAGCAUCUGUUGGUGGUGAUGCCACUUUGGAAUGCCAAGCCACAGGCAUUCCCCCUCCCCUCAUCCGCUGGUUCAAAGGUGAGCUCGAGGUGGGCUCUGCUCCUUUUGUAGAGCAGGAUGUAAACCGCGGGACCUUGCAGAUUCGCGGGGUGCAGGAAGUCGAUGCUGGUCAGUAUAACUGUGUGGCCAGCAGCUCUGCUGGAACCUCCACUGGCACUGUUAGACUGGAGGUUGGAGCGGGCCCAUUGUUUUCUGAGGCCCCGACCGACAUGAGCGCUAAUGUGGGGGAGAACAUCACCCUCCCCUGCGUCGCCCGAGGUUCCCCACAGCCGACAGUCAGCUGGCGCAGGAAGGACGGCAGACAGAUUCUUGCGAGGGCAGGCGGGGGCAGCAGAACAAUGCAGAUGGAGAGCGGCCAUCUUUUAAUUCAGAGUGUCUGGCUGCACGAUGAAGCUGUAUACGUUUGUGAAGCCAAAAACCAGUUUGGAAGCAUUCAAGCUGAGGCCAGAGUUAGCGUCACUGGACUAGAGCCUCCAGUCUUAGGCCAAGCUCCCCCAGUCAUCACCACGGGGGCUGGUCAGUCCCUCAGCAUCCCUUGCAUGUUGCUGGAUGGAACGCCUCUUCCAGAAAGACGCUGGUCCAAGAAUGGGAGACCUGUCCAAGUGAAUGGAAGAGUGUUCAUAAGGAGUGAUGGCAGUUUGUACAUAGAGAGAACUCUACCAGAAGACAGUGGGACAUAUGUUUGCACUGCUAUGAAUGUAGCAGGCACUGUAAAUAUUACAGUCAGCUUGGAGGUCCAAGUGCCCCCAGAGAUCAGAGCUGGCCCAUACCAGUACAUUGCCAGUGAGGGAGUAGCCAUAACGCUGUCAUGUGAGGCAAGCGGAGUUCCCAAACCAGUUAUUGUCUGGUCCAAGGGAAGACAGCCUCUUCCAAGGGAUGGCUCCUCUUUUCAGCCCGGUUCUGAUGGAUAUCUCCACAUCCCCCACCCCACUGCAGAGGAUGCAGGCACCUACAUUUGCACUGCCAGCAGUCCUGUGGGCUAUGCAAGCCGGGAGGUCCAGCUCAGUGUUAAUACCCUUCCGAAGAUAAUGGGCGUUAGCGGCCAUGACAAUGUCAUAAAGAUGGCUGCAGAAGUGGGGACUGAGGUGGUUCUCCCCUGUGAGGCCCAGGGAAGUCCUUCUCCAUUAGUCACAUGGAGCCGAAAUGGGUAUCCCAUCCCGCCCGUCACAGCUGGAUUCACUGUUUUGCCUUCAGGCUCUCUGAGGAUCACUGAUGUGCGGCUGAUGGAUAGUAAACUAUAUACCUGCACUGCAGAUAACCCAGCAGGGAAUGUGUCCCUAAGCUACAAUUUACAUGUUCAAGCCAAACCCAGAAUCCAGCCAGCACCAUCCAUCCUAAAAGCCAUGCUCGGCCAAACAGUGACUCUGCCUUGUGUGGUCCAAGGAGAGCCGAGGCCUGAGAUCAGCUGGUUCCACAACGGACAGCCUGUUGGCAAAAAGAACUCCACACCUCUAAGGAUCCCAUCUGUCGGCCUUGCUGACCAGGGCACCUACCAGUGUGUGGCAAAAAACAGUGCUGGACAGGAAACAUUAGAGAUUAAGCUGGAAAUUCUUGAGGCGCCGUCCUUUGCAGAACCUGGAGAUGCCAUCAUGGAGAAAGUAGUGAACAGCAAAGUCGUCAUCCCUUGUCCAGCAAAAGGUUCACCCCACCCCAGGGUGCGCUGGUUUAAGAAUGGCCUGGAGCUACAGCCAGAACAAUCUGAGUAUUCUGUGGCAAGGGAUGGAGCUCUUGUAAUUAGUGCAGCAUCUGCCAGCCACAGUGGAGACUUCAAGUGUGUUGCAACCAAUGAGGCAGGCUCAGUAGAGAGAAAGACUAGGCUAAAAGUUAAUGUUCCUCCAGAGAUCCAGGACGACGGCCAGCCACUGAAUCUCACCGUCACCUUGAAGCAACCCCUCACUUUAGGCUGUGAUGUUUUUGGCAUCCCCUCCCCGCUAAUAACCUGGACUAAAGAUGGCCACGCUGCGGACGUCCCCGGUGUGUAUCUGCAGAACGGCAACAGAUUGCUCAGAAUCUAUAGAGUUCAGCACGAGCAUGCGGGUCAGUUUACCUGCACAGCUCAGAACUCGGCAGGAGAGGCAAGAAGACAAUACAACAUAGUGGUGCAAGCUCCUCCAGAGAUUUCCGGAACAUCCCGACUGCAGGAGUUUACUGUGGUCCAGGGUCAGGAGGUGGAGUUCCAGUGUCGAGUAAGCGGGCGACCGGCACCGAGGGUGGAAUGGAGCCGUGACGGAGAGGUUCUGUCCCCUGAAGGAGACCCUCAUGUGGAGUUUCAGGAAGAUGGGCAGGUCCUAAAGGUGAAGUCAGUCAGACUGAGGGAUCAGGGUCUUUACCAGUGUCUGGCCAGGAACAGCGCGGGAACUCAGAUGCGGCAGUUCAGACUAACAGUUCAAGCUCCGCCCAUCAUAAAGGGCACAAAUGAGACUUCCGAGGUGUCAGUCGUGCUGGGUUUCCCCAAAGUCCUCUCCUGUAAUACUGAGGGCUCACCUACACCCAGCAUCACGUGGCUGAAGGAUAACCAUCCCAUCGUCUCCUCGCCUCAGCUGACGUACACUCUUGGAGGGCAGGCUCUGCGCCUGGGCUCAGCACAGGGAGACAGCAACGGUCUCUACACUUGCAGGGCGACCAAUGCAGCAGGCACAGCCACUAAGCAUUACUCUCUCAGUGUUCUGGUCCCACCGCAGAUAGAGGGAGAUUCCUCAUCCUUGACAUUUUCUGGACAGGAAGAGAAAGUGCGGAUAAACGGGAGCUUAACUCUGUCCUGCUUGGCCAAAGGUUUCCCUGAACCAAAGGUUCACUGGUUUAAAGAUGGACAGUUGCUGACUGGAAGCUACCAGGCUGGGAUUGAGGAGAAGGGACACCUCCUCCACAUCAAAAACGCCGGACUUUCCCAUGAAGGCCAGUACACUUGUGUGGUGUCCAACUCUGCUGGAGAGGAUAAGAGAGACUUUCAUAUCACUGUUCAAGUUCCUCCUGUCCUCCAGCGGGUGACAAACAGGGAAGCAGCCUGGGGUUUGGGACAUGAAGGAGACAAUGAGGACAGAGUGGAAAAGAGGGAUGUCGCCUUAGGUCACUCAGUCAGCCUGUCCUGUGAGAGCAAUGCCAUCCCUCCUCCUAAACUCAGCUGGUACAAGGAUGGAAGAAAACUCAGCUCUGCUGACGGAGUGAUCCUGCAUCCUGGAGGACAGGUGCUACAUAUCCCUCGAGUGCAACAGGAGGAUGGUGGAAGGUACACAUGUCAAGCUGUGAAUGAGGCUGGAGAAGAUCACAUGCAUUUUGAACUGGAUGUCCUGAUUCCUCCUGUUAUAAUGGGCACAUCAGAGGAGUUUAUGGAAGAAAUGGGAGCAGUGGUGAACAGCACCGUUGUUCUCCACUGCGACGCAACUGGACACCCCGCUCCAGUCAUCUCCUGGAUGAGAGAUGGGCAGCCGGUGCACACAGACUCCCAGCACCACAUCAGCAAGGAUGGAACAGCUCUUCAGCUCCUCAGUGUGCAGGUUUCAGACAUGGCUGACUAUAUGUGUGUGGCUGAGAAUAAAGUCGGAACAGUCGAGAAACAUUUCAACCUGGCAGUGCAAGUGCCUCCUAGAAUCACAGGACCUAAAGAAGAGGAGGUGAGCGUGAUCGAAGGCCUUACGAUGUCUUUGCUGUGCGAUGUCCAAGCGUACCCUCCCCCAGAGAUCACAUGGACCAGGGAUGGACAGGUUCUUCAUUUUAGCACAACGGUUCACAUUCUGCCAGGUGGCCAGAUGUUACAGCUGCCUCGGGCGAGACAGGAGGAUGCGGGUCAGUAUGUGUGCACAGCUAGCAACUCAGCAGGGCAGGACCAGAAGAGCUUUCUCCUCAGCGUUUAUGUCCCACCCUCCCUGAAGCCGCGGCACGACGCCGAUACUGACAGUGUGACCCCUCAAGUUGGCUCUUCGGUCAUCCUGCGAUGUGAAGCUCAUGGUGUUCCUGAGCCAGAGGUCACAUGGUACAAGAAUGGGCGGCAACUGGCUGCAGGGAACGGGCUGAAGAUAAAUGGAGACCAGCUGGAGAUCGUAGGGGUUCAGACUACAGAUGGUGGGAUGUACACAUGCAAAGUGUCCAAUGUGGCAGGACAGGUGGACAGGACAUUCAGGCUGACAGUUCAUGUUCCACCCAUGCUUGAUGGGCCUCAGUGGGAGUCUGUCAAUUACACCCUGGGCUCCAAUGUGGCCCUGCUGUGUGAGGCCACAGGGGUGCCAGUCCCCAGCAUCACUUGGCUGAAAGAUGGAACUCCCAUAGAGAGCAGUCUGCAAUGGCAGUGGUCGGUUCGAGGUAACCGGCUGGAGCUGGGCCCUCUCACUCUCUCUCAUGCCGGGACGUACACAUGCCUGGUGAAGAACAGCGAAGGACAAACACAGAAAGACUUUUCGCUCACAGUGCUUGUUUCGCCCACCAUCCUGAACUCUGACCAAGCAUCUGAUGUGAGUGGACCCAUAGGAGAAGAGCUGACCCUGGACUGCAGAGCAAAUGGAAUCCCGCCACCUCGCUUCAGCUGGCUGAAAGAUGGAGAGUCUUUGGAGGGAUCGGACACGCAUCACAUCACUUUGACCCCCAGUGGCAGCACACUGACUGUCAGGAGGCUGAGCCCUGAGGAUUCUGGGACAUACACGUGCUUGGCUGUCAACCCCGCUGGUCAGGAAAGCAAAAUCUACACCCUGGUGGUUUUAGUCCCGCCUUCUAUCUCUGGUGAGACCUCAGUCCCUAGAGAGGUGCAGGUGACUCAGGACAGCAUGGUGACUCUGGAGUGUCACGCAGCUGGAAACCCUCCACCUCAGAUCAGCUGGCUGAUGAACGGACGGCCUCUGCUCCUCUCCCCUCGCACUCGCCUCCUCUCUGGUGACGCUGUACUUAGGAUUUUUCGUGUGCAACAAUCCGACUCUGGAGUUUACACUUGUGUGGCACGGAGUCAAGCUGGCCUUGCUGAGCUCAGCUAUGAUGUGCAAGUUCAAGUGCCCCCUGGUGUCGAUCAUGUUGAACCAGUGGAGCCAGUUACAGUGGUCCGGGGAUCCUUGGUGACUUUAACCUGUGAGGCUCAUGGGUUCCCGCUUCCCACGCUGACCUGGCUGAAGGAUGGACAGCCACUGUCUCUGCAUAGAAACCUGCUGCUGGAUGGACAGGAGACUCGCCUGAAGCUCGCUGAUGUGACCCGAUCAGACGAAGGCCUUUACAGCUGCGUGGCCAGCAACCAGGCAGGAAGCAGCACCAAAAGCUUUAACCUCACCGUGCUUGAGCCUCCAAAGAUUUCCCACUCCAGCUCACCAGAAGAGCUGACCGUACCAGUAAACAGUCCACUUGAGCUGGAGUGCUCCGCUGUGGGUGUCCCUCCUCCGACCAUCAGCUGGCUGAAGGAUGGUCGGCCUCUGGAGGGAGCUGACAUCAUUCAGCAGGAUGGACAAGUCAUCCGGAUCAGUAAAGUUCAGGUCGAGGAUGCAGGUCUGUACACCUGCUUGGCCAGCAGCCUCGCUGGAGAGGAUGGAAGAAGCCACUGGGUCCGAGUGCAAGUCCCACCAACACUCCUAGGCUCCGGUGAUGUAAAAACGGUGACCGUGCCGUUUAAUGGACACCUGACCUUAGAGUGUUUGGCUGACAGUGACCCCCCUCCACAUAUAGACUGGUACAAGGAUGAUGCAAAGCUGCAGCCUAACGGCCGUAUCCAGCAGCUGGCAGGAGGUCAGUACCUGGAGAUUCAGGAGGUAAAGCCUGAGGACAGUGGCCAAUACAGCUGUGUAGUCACCAACAUGGCUGGAAGCAAUAGUCUCUUCUUCACUGUGGAGAUUCUCUUGCCACCAGUGAUAAAGGAAAGCAGCUCGUUGGUAACCGUUCAUUUUGGGCAGGAUGUGGUUUUACCUUGUGAAGUACAAGAUGACUCCUCACCUUCGGUCAUGUGGAGGAAAGAUGGCUUCCCUGUGCCCAAGGAUAACGAUAAGUACACGGUGUUAUCUGAGGGCUCUCUGCGUUUACGUGGGCCUCAGCUGAAUGAUGCUGGUCGCUACUACUGCACUGUCUCCAACCAGGCUGGCUCAGAUCACCGUGCAAUGGAUCUCCGGGUGUUUGUUGGUCCUUCUAUCAGUCCAGGUCCCAUCAACAUGACAGUAACCAGUGGAAGUAGAGCUGUGCUUAAUUGUGAGACCACAGGUAUACCGCCACCUAAAAUAUCCUGGAAGAGGAAUGGAACUCCACUUGACGUUAACCAGCAUCCCAGUGCAUACAGGCUACUAUCCUCUGGGUCUCUUGUUCUUUUAUCACCAUCUGACGAGGAUGAAGGCUAUUUCGAGUGUACGGCGGUCAAUGAUGUAGGAGAAGAGCGCAGGGUGAUUGAAGUUAUCCUCCAAGUCCCACCUUCGAUUGAGGAUGACGUCACAACAGUGAAGGCUGUGAAAAUGGCACCUGUGUCUUUGCCUUGUCGUGCACAAGGACAGCCUCAGCCCACCGUGACCUGGACCAAGGGAGGAGCCAAACUGGGCAACAGGGGAGGAGGUUACCGUGUCCUUCCCACUGGGGUGUUGGAGAUCACUGCCGCUUUGCCGAGUCAUGCUGGCAGAUACACAUGCUCAGCCCGAAACCCUGCAGGAGUGGCUCACAAGCAUAUCUCUCUGACAGUACAAGAACCACCAGAGAUCCGGCCAAUGGCGGAGGAAGUACAGGUACUGUUGAAUCAUGGAACCGUCCUUCCCUGCGAAGCUCAUGGAUUCCCCAGACCAUUAAUCACCUGGCAGAGAGAAGGAGUUCCUAUAGCAGCGGGCCACAGGCUGGCUGUUCUCUCCAAUGGAGCUCUGAAAUUCUCUCGCGUGACUCUUGGAGAUGCUGGGACCUACCAGUGCCUGGCAAAGAAUGAGGCAGGUGUAGCUGUAGCAAGAACCAAACUGGUCCUUCAAGUUCCACCGGUGCUGAGUGUGCCUCGAAAUGACUACAUCGCUGUUUUAGGCCAGCCCAUCAGUCUGGAGUGUGCAGCUGAUGGUCAGCCUCAGCCUGAAGUCAUUUGGCAUAAAGAGAGGAGGCGUUUGGUUGACGGUGCUCAUACACGCAUAUUUUCCAAUGGAACUCUGGCUAUUGCUUCCACACAGCGCAGUGAUGCAGGAAUCUACACAUGCACAGCUAAAAACCUGGCCGGCAGAGUUACCCAUGAUAUUAGGCUAAUCAUUCAAGUUCCACCCAUGAUUGCGCCAGCUCAGACAGAGCUGUCUGUCAUUCAGGGGUUUCAGGCUCUACUGCCAUGCGCAGCUCAGGGCUUACCAGCACCUAGAGUGUCAUGGGAGAAGGAUGGGGCUGUUGUCCUAAACCUUCUUGGCAAAUUUACCAUCCUGCGAUCUGGAGAGCUGAUUAUCGAGAGGGUGGAGCUGGAAGAUGCUGGUACAUUCACAUGUGUGGCCACCAAUGCUGCAGGCUCGGUGAGACGCGACAUCCACUUGUCAAUCAACACCCGGCCUGUCUUUAAAGAGCUGCCAGGUGAUGUAACCCUGAACAAAGGACAGAGUCUGGCCUUAUCCUGCCACGCUCAGGGAACACCUCCUCCCACCAUCUCCUGGACUUUCAACAACAAGCUGUAUAAAGCAGCCAUCACAGAUGAGGCAGGGAGGAGCUCGGUCCUCAUUGAGAAUGUGACCUUAAACGACGCUGGGACCUAUGUGUGCUUAGCGGAGAACAGCGUGGGCUCCAUUAGAGCUCUCUCGUUUGUUCGUAUCAGAGAACCACCAGUAUUAAAGGGUGAAGCCCACACAUCUCAGACGGUUGUCCAAGGUGGAGCUGCAAUGCUUGACUGUCCGGUUCAUGGAGACCCCAGCCCUGUCCUCCGCUGGCUGCGAAAUGGAAAGCCUUUACAUCGCCUCCUCCGGAUGCAAACGCUCCGCAACGGAUCUUUGGUCAUUUACAGCAUCACUGCUGCAGAUGAAGGAGAAUAUCAAUGUGUGGCGGAGAGCGAGGCUGGAAAAGCUGAGAGGACCAUUACUCUCAAGGUUCAGAUAAAUGGAGGAUACUCCAGCUGGGGGGAGUGGGGUCCAUGCAGCAGCUCAUGUGGCCAAGGUGUUCAAGAGCGGAUCAGAUUAUGCAACAAUCCAGCACCAGCUAAUGGUGGCCGCCUCUGCAGCGGACCGAGCACCGAUUCUAGGAAAUGUCAGACUGGUUUGUGUCCAGGUGAGGUUCCACGCAAGACUAGAGGCAGUCUGAUAGGGAUGGUGAAUGACAGAGAGUUUGGUGUGUCCUUCCUGGAGGCCAACAUCACAGACAACGAGGAACAAGGCACCAGCACUCUGGAGGCACGCCUUGACAACAUCCCUCCCACAGUGGGCCCCUUUCUGCAGGUUCUGGUGCCUGUUUUCACUCCCAUCUAUUGGACCACUGUGCUUCAAAACGGAGCCACCAGAAAUGGGUUCUCCUUUACGCAGGGUCACUUCAGACAGGAGUCUCAGUUGGAGUUUGAAACUGGAGAGAUCCUCCGUCUGACCCACGUCGCCAGAGGAUUGGACGCUGAGGGAGUUCUGCUGAUUGACAUUGUAAUCAAUGGCUUCGUUCCACCGUCGUUAUCGUCAUCCCAUCUGGGCCUUCAGGACUUUGAUGAGUCAUAUGUGCAGACGGGCCAAGGACAGCUGUAUUCAUGGUCAUCACAGACCCACCAGAGAGGAGGCAGUCCCAUGGUGCUGCGCUGUAAUCACACCAUCGUUUACGAGGGCCAGGAGGAGCGCCAAGGCCCCGUUCUUCAGCUGCUCAAGGUUUCCGGAAUAAACAGUGCCUAUAACAUGUUUACUCUCAGUUUGGACUUCCAUAUCACUACAAGCCUCCUCGUACCAGAUGGUUAUGAAGACACAUGUCCUAAAGGCUUUAAUAUAGACACAGCCUCCUACUGUGCUGAUGAAGACGAGUGUGCGCUGCAGUCUCCCUGCUCACAUACAUGCAACAAUAUCAUGGGAGGGUUUACCUGUGCCUGUCCAUCUGGCUUUACUAUCUCUACAGAGAGCAACACAUGCAAUGAUAUUGAUGAAUGCUCCCAAGGCUCCCACAUGUGCCACUACAACCAGCAGUGCGUCAACACUGUGGGGACAUACCGCUGUCAGGCCAGAUGUGGACCGGGAUUUAAGCCCAGCAUCACAGGAACCAGCUGUGAAGACGUUGAUGAAUGUCAGGAGUCUGCUAUCUCCCCAUGCCACCAUAAGUGCCUCAACAUUCUGGGUUCCUACCGUUGCAUCUGUCAUCCUGGAUACCAGCUGUCAGGACAUCGCUGCAUUGACAUCAAUGAGUGCAUGAGAAACGUGUGCCCAGCACAUCAGCAGUGCCGCAACACCGACGGAGGAUAUCAGUGUUUUGACAGCUGCCCUGCGGGAAUGACCACAGCAGAAAACGGGGCCUGUGUAGAUAUUGAUGAGUGCCAGGAUGGAAGUCACAUGUGUCGCUACAGUCAGAUCUGUCAGAACACCGUCGGAGGAUACGGGUGCAUUUGUCCCAGAGGUUACAGAUCCCAGGGAGUUGGGCUUCCGUGUCUGGACAUUGAUGAAUGUUCGCAAACACCAAAUCCUUGCGCGCACCAGUGUCGUAACGUACCCGGCAGCUUCCGGUGUCUGUGCCCCCCUGGGACUCUGCUGCUGGGGGACGGACGCUCCUGUGCAGGGCUGGAGCGGGGCCAAAUCUUCACUAACGGCACCAGAGUCAGGGCCAGACUCCACCCUCAGCUGGUGUCAUCCCUCGGUAGACCGAUCUUCUCCCGCUCCAGCGGAGUAUCUCGCAUUACCAGGCAGAGCUGUCCUGUGGGCUACACCAGCAGAGAUGGUACAUGUGUAGACGUUGAUGAAUGUUUGUUAAAGAAGCCCUGCCAACAUGAGUGUAGAAAUACCAUUGGCAGCUUCCAGUGUCUGUGUCCUCCAGGAUACAAACUUCUGCCCAACGGUAGAAGCUGUAAAGACAUUGACGAGUGUGUUGAACAAGGAAUUCAGUGUGGACACAGUCAGAUGUGCUUUAAUACCAGAGGGGGAUACCAGUGUCUGGAUACACCCUGCCCUGCUUCCUACCAAAGAGGAGGACGUCCCGGGACCUGUUUUAGGCCCUGCUCUCUGGACUGCGCCACAGGAGGCUCUCCUCUGCUCCUGCAGUACAAGCUGCUCACUCUUCCCUCUGGCAUACCGCCCAAUCACAACGUGGUACGACUCUCUGCGUUUUCCGAGUCUGGCAUCCUACAAGAGCGUACCUCCUUCUCCAUACUUGAGCAAGUAUCGGUUACGGGCGUGACGGGACGAGUGUUUGACAUCAAAGACGAGGCGGGCCGGGGGAUCAUCUUCACUCGGCGGGUUCUGGAUAGACCCGGGCUAGUGAGGCUCAAGGUGCAGGCCACCACCAUCUCAGAACAAGGUCGCAUAACGUACCAGAGCAUCUUCAUCAUCUACAUCUCCAUCUCAGCGUACCCCUAUUAAACCCAAAGGUUUAUUUACAGAUGACUCUGUCCUGCCACCAAAAAUCAGAUCAUGUAAAGAAUCUCUGACUCAGUUUUUCUAAACCGGAGGAGGAUUUGACUUCAGAGACUGUGGUGAAGAUGUCUGGUAUACGUAUGGCCUUAAUGGGAAAGAAGCGAGAGACUCUCCUAUACAAACCAAAUGGAAAAACAUACCUGUAACAUAAUUUAAUCUCCAUUUACAAUCUGGAUGAUUUUUUUUUCCUCCAGAAUUUUCUGUCAAUCCAUUGUUUUAAUUACUUGAUGAUUGUGUUUUAUGUCCAUCCAGGUUGGUACAGAGAUAUUUCCACAGCUAUGGCAUUGUUUAAUGCCCUAACCUCCCCCUUCCCCUAUAUUAUUUAUUAAAGUCAUUUGAAAAGAUAACUGCUUCGAACAAAUCUUGGCAACAUGGGGUUUGAGUUGUCAUAGAUCCACUGGUUUACCGGCACAUUCUUUUGUUCUUUUUUUACACUCCUUUUUUUUCAGAUUUUCCCUAACAGAAGUUGAUAUUUUGAAUGUUACUGAGGUAUUUUGAGUUUGUGUGAUUGGUGUAAAUGAUAAAAAAGGCAGUUUAAAAACAAAAACAAAUUAUAAGAUAAUCCACACUACAUUUAACUAAUCUGGGGCCAGAAAUGAACAAGAGAACUCACCUGAAUUAACAUUGAUUGUUAAUGGAUUUAUCUACAAAUUAAAGGCCUCUGUUGCUGUAAUUGCUUUGAAUAGCUGUACAGAUAAAUGUUUUCUUUUCUACGGUACAUUAAUGUACCAAAAUGAUCCCUGUUUAUCUCGGUUUCCGCAAAUUUAUUUCUCGGUUUUAUCAGGUUGGACCUUCUUAUGCCUUCAGAAAGCCAUAAAUUCAUCAAAGUGCCGAAACAUUCCUUUGAGAUUUGUCUACACUGUAAAUGAAAGUGUUUUUCCAGUAACAGCUGAAACCAAGAUAAAUGCUUGCAAUAAAGGGAAUUAACAGGUCUUGAAGGGUUUCUCUCUGCACUGCUUUUCUAGCCGGUUUUGAAACACAUCAUUACUGAGAUCCUAAUAUCAUGGCAGCCCUACUGUCUAUCAGCUCGAACCAGCUGGAUCCCUCCACUUUGACAUCAACAAGGUUUUUCUGUUAUGCACACAAACUGUUGCUCAGUGAACAUUAUCAGGACAUUCCCAGCAAUAAACAGUAAUGUGUCAAAAUCUAAGUGGCUGUUCCAGAAAAUAUCAAACCAGCCCGUUUGGCAGUAGCAACCAUGUUCAAAGUAACGUAAAUCUCCCUUUUUCCACAAUCUGAGGCUCUGAAAUUCAGUAAGUUUUCCUGCUCAUGUUAAGAAGCAUAAAUGCAUUGAAUUGUAU